AACCUCUGACAAUCGUAUGAUGAUCCGAACUUUUGCUUCAGGUUGCCCGCGUGUUUAGGUGUUUCCUCCGCGGGGAAUGGGAUCGUUAAACAAUAUAGUGGAUCAGUGUGUAAAGCGGAGUUGUAAUUACUGAGCAGGUGGAUUUGAAUUUGGUAAAUUGAAAAUCUCUUACGUUAUGACAAAAACAAAACAAAGGAAAGCCAUCACAAAGAGUCCCAUGAGUUGAAUCUUGAAUAAUAAAAAAAAAAAAAACACCUUCUUGGCCAAGAGAUGUGGAAUUCCUACAGCUUCCUUUAUGGCAGGUUGGAUCAAAAGUUUUUUUGAAAAAACAAAGAAAGGGACUUGUAAGACUGAACAUACGAAGACAGGUACUUCGCCUCAGACCACUUCAUCAUUGUCUGUGGCUAUAAAUGGAAGCAUUAGGUGGAGCAAAGACUAUGAUGUGCUGAUCUGCCACAGCGAAGAAGAUAUUAGCUAUGUGAAGGAACUGGUUUCCUACCUGGAAAGCACACCAGAAAGAUUUCGCUGUUUCUUGCAGUUACGGGACUCUUCGCCAGGGAGUGCUAUUUGUACUGAGUUAAGCGAGGCAGUGAGAAAUAGCCACUGCUGGGUAAUGGUGAUAACUGCCUCCUUUCUUAAUGAUCCCUGGUGCAAGUACCAGAUGCACCAAGCUUUGUCAGAAUCACCCUUACCUAAUGGCCGGACAAUUCCUUUGGUGAGAAACUUAUCCCGUAAUCAGUACCCUGAAGAGCUGCGGUUUAUUUAUUAUACUGAUACAACCAUGGACCAAGAUGGUGGUUUUGCAAAAGUCAAAAAGACCAUAACAUAUUAUCUAGAGAAUAUUUGUAAAAGCAACAUGAUGAGCUGUGAUAGCGUGGAACAAGGUUGUGGCUCAGAUUCCAGCUAACCAUUCUAAAAAACUAAGAAAACAUAAGCAUCUAGACAUAUGAAUACAUGUUACAGUAUGUGGAUGUGAGCUCUUUAUGACUGUUUUAUAAGGAAAUCCUUGGCCAGACCUGACAGUUUUAGGAAAAAGAUGCUGCAAGGUCAUGACUGCUGCUGUAGAAGAGGAACUUGACCAGUAUUUUAUACUGCAUCACAAUUCAAAGAACAUUGUUAUUAUCAAAAAGAUGUUUUAUUCACUUUGGAGUAAACUGUCUUGCUUUUCUGCUGUCAUUGGUUGCAUGCAGUUUCCUCUUUUCUCUCACCUGCUGUCAGUAAUUGAAACAAACUUUACAUUUUCUUGCACAGGUGGGAUUCUGCAAUGCAUCCCAGGAACCUGCUGUUCAUAGCUUCCAAGUGCAAUGUACUUGCAUUUUAAGAAAGAAAAUAAAUGGAUCCUUGCAUGUGA